UAGGCAUGACUCUGUGCUUCGACAAAAUACAUAGAAUUUGGACCCUUGAAUUGGAGGAGAGGGUGGGCUUCCUCGGCUUCUCUUUCUCUUAUCGAUGGCUCCAACCCUCACGGCCAAUUCGUUUCUUCUAACCCCGACGCCGCGCUCGAGGCUCACAGUUUUUUCCAAGCAGUCUGGUCCUUUCCCUUCACUUCGUUUUGGGAAGAGUAACGACUCCGCGUCCUCCGCAGAGACUCAACCGGAUGGUUCCGGUAAUAGCAACCCUUUUUCUUUCAACUUCGGGAAGGUGCCGGACGUCAAGGCUUUGGUCCCAGCUGUGAGUAACCCUUCUUCGGCCUUGUCAUUUGGUUACCUAAGACGUAAGGAUCCCGGCACGGUGUUUGUCGCUGGCGCUACUGGGCAGGCUGGCAUUCGCAUUGCGCAGACUUUGCUGCGCGAAGGUUUUAAUGUCAGGGCUGGUGUGCCGGAGCUCGGUUCUGCCCAAGAGUUGGCUAGUCUUGCUGCCAAAUACAAGAUCAUAUCAAACGAAGACUUGAAACGCCUUAAUGCCGUCCAAUCCACCUUCCAAGAUGCUGAAUCGAUAGCCAAGGCCAUUGGAAACGCUAGCAAGGUCGUCGUCACGAUAGGUUCCGCCGAGAAUGGUCCCACAUCCGAAGUCUCCACAUUGGACGCCUUACAAGUAAUCCAGGCCGCCCAGCUCGCUGGAGUUAGCCACGUGGCUAUUAUCUACGACGAGAACUCCGGGGGUGCAUCAACAUACAACGUACUGGAUGGCAUCUCCACUUUCUUUAACAACCUCUUCUCGCGAUCACAGCCGUUGAGCGUGCCCGAGUUUUUGCAAAAAGUCAUCGAGACGGACGUCAGCUUUACGUUCAUAAAGACGAGUCUGACGGAAGACUUUUUGCCCGAGAGUUCCUACAACGUUGUGGUGGCAUCCGAGCGAAGCGCUGGUGCAAACGACUACAAAGUAGCCAAGUCGAAGAUAGCAUCUGUUGUGGCCGGCGUUUUCUCAAACACAGCAGUAGCUGAAAAUAAGGUUGUGGAAGUUUUUGCAAAUCCAUCAGCCCCCUCAAAGCGUGUAGACGAGCUUUUCAGUGCCAUUCCUGAGGAUGGAAGAAGAAAAGCAUAUGCCGAAUCGCUUGCAAAGGCCAAAGCAGAGGAAGAGGCAAUGGUAGCAGCUGAGAAAGCUCGAGAAGCAGUUGAAGCAACAAAGAAACUCGAAGAAGAGGUGAAAAAGCUAUCUGAGCAAGAAGCUCGGGCUGCAACUCUUGCCCAAGAAGCUCUAGGGAAGGCAGAAGCUGCUGGAGCUUCAGUAGAAACCCUUCUGAGCAAAGCAAAAGACUUCGGGGCAGGGCUGUCUUGGGAAAAGUUUAGUUCCCAGCUCACAAACGCAGCUCAAAAUCCUGAAGAGAAACCGAAAGUGCAGAUUGCAACUGUUAGGGGACAGGCCAAGGCUCGGUCUUUGCCAGCCAUGAAAGCUGUUGUUAAACAGCCUAGAUUCAAGCUUCCUGAUUUGACACCAAAGGAGAAACCUAAGCCAAAAGGCAAACAGCCUGAAGAGAAGAAAGAAGUCAGGAGGGUGCUUGGCGGCCUGUUUUCACAAGAAACUAUAUAUGUUGAUGAGGACUAAGAUGUGACUUUGUGAUCGAUCCUGUCUUCCUUGAGGCUGUUUUGGUUUAGGUUGGUGUAAUAUUUGUAAUUUUUAUAUAUUGUUGUUGAAAGGUGGUAAUUUUAUGAGUUUCAGCAAGAAACUCGUACUGAAUUUAAGGCUGACAAUGAAUUUCUCUAAUCUUGUUUAGUGUUGCAUUUUCCCCUCAGUUCUAUAUAUCUUCCCUCCCCUGUUUGUAUGUGUAUUGCAAUGAAAUGCAGAUUUAUUGGGUUUCUCUUU